GGCAAAUAAUCCCCAAUUAAUUAUCCUUCCCUAAAAUCGAACCCUAGCUGUUCCCCACCAUUGUCCCCAUCCCGUCACCCUCCUGUCGAAACCUUCCCGCACAAUAUUUCUCAAACUCAUCUCUCUUCCCCUUCUCCGAAAUCCCCGGUGCCCAAACCCCAUCCUUAAAUAAACCCCUCAUGCCCUCUUCUCCUCCAUCAAAAUCAUUCUCUCUCCCAAAAGUCUCUGCUCCAUGGCAACCCUACCCAUCUCCCCUCUCGACCUCAUCCGCGAACACCUCUUCGGCGAUCCCACCGACAUCCUAUCCGAACUAUUGCCGGAGUCCGGCGAUCUCACCAUCUCCGAUUACCUUCAUGACAUCGACGAUGAUCCGCGAGGCACUGGAUUCCGAUUCCCCGAACCCGCGCAGAAGAUGAUUCGAUUCGGAGGCGAUCGGUUCGAUGUUAGCCUCAAGCUCGAUGUCCCCCACGCCGCCGCUCCGAAAGUGGAGUGGAUAGACGGCGCCGUCAGUGGGACACGUGCGACGGACUGCUUUGACGGAAACCGUUAUCGCGGCGUGAGACAGAGGCCGUGGGGAAAGUUCGCGGCGGAGAUCCGCGAUCCCAAGCGCCGGGGAUCUAGGGUUUGGUUGGGAACGUUUGAUACCGCGGUGGAGGCCGCGCGUGCGUACGACCGCGCCGCGUUCAAGAUGCGUGGAAGCAAAGCGAUUCUAAAUUUUCCGAACGAGGUCGGCAGCUCGGAGGAUUGCGUUCCAAUGCUGCCGGAAAAGAGGGGGAGAGAGGAGAUGGAGGGGGGAGAAGGGAGGGCGGUUAAGAAGGAGAGAUUGGAGGAAUCUGAGUGGAAUAUUCCGGCUGAAGAACCGUUGACGCCGUCAAUUUGGUCGGCCGUUUGGGAGGGAACGGAUGUGAAGGGGGUUUUCAGCUUGCCGCCGCUUUCUCCACUGUCUCCUCUCCCGCAGCUGGGGUUUCCACAGCUGGCGGUUAUUUGAAAGUUAACGGCGGGCGUUACCGUUGAUUGAAAAUUAGUUUUUUGUUGUGGAUUUUUAAAUAUUGUAAAAAUGGCUUUUAUUUUGUAAGAUAAUUAAGUGAUUGGCAGGCAUUAUAUAUUGAACUGUUUUAGAAGGAAAAACCAAAUGGGGGGCAUUUACACACACA